UUUUUAUAUAAAAAUGGGAAAGGAAUUCUUCAUCCUUUUGGCCCUAGCAGUUGUGAUGCAUGGUGCUUUGGCAGGGCUUUCUAGAAAUGAUUAUGAUAAUAGGUACAAAAUUUCUGAAGAGAGAUAUGAAGAACUUAAGCAAGAAGGACAUCAGGAGAACCAGAAAAUUAUCCACAUCGUCCCUCACACCCACGAUGACGCUGGAUGGCUCAAAACAGUCGAUGAGUACUACUCCGGUGACAAAGACGACAUCGCCUUGGCUGGUGUUGAAUACAUCCUUGACGGAAUCUACGACACUCUUAUGAAGAACCCUGACCGUAAAUUCACUUAUGUCGAGAUGGUCUUCUUCACUAAAUGGUGGAACGAACAAACACAAGAGGUGAAAGAGAACGUGAAAAUGUUGGUAGAGCAAGGAAGAUUGGCCUUUGUGAAUGGUGGAUGGACUAUGAGUGAUGAAGCGAAUGUGAAUUAUGAAGAUUUUAUUAAUAAUAUGAAGGCUGGCCAUGACUUUUUAAAGGAAACUUUUGAUUUUAAGCCGACUAUUGGGUGGCAUGUUGAUCCUUUUGGUCAUCAAUCAGCCACAGCUGCUCUUUUUGCUGAAAUGGGAUUUGAUGCCUGGUUCUUUGCAAGAGGCGACUAUCAAGAUAAGGAAAUUCGUAUGGAAGACAAAUCUUUGGAAUUCUUAUGGAGACCCUUUUAUGAAAAUCUAGGAAAUCGCACUGAGAUAUUCACCCAUUGGAUGUUUGAUAUGUACUUUUCUCCAGCUAAUUUUACGUUUGAGGAACUAUGGGGAAAUAGUCCUAUAGUUGACGAUCCAAAUCUGAGAACCUAUAAUUUAGAUGAAAGGUUAGAAGAAUUCGAACUCUUGAUGAGAGACAGAGCUAGUCAUUACAAGACAGACCAUAUCUUAGCUGUUUUCGGUCAAGAUUUUGCAUAUUUGAAUGCUCAAAAAUCUUUUAAAAACAUUGAUAAGCUGAUUUAUCACUUUAAUAAGAAAUAUAGCCAUAUGAAGUUGGUUUAUAGCACCCCUUAUGAUUAUGUGAAGGCUGUUCAUGAGUCCAAGGUAAAGUUGCCUGUGCAAUAUGAUGACAUGUUACCUUACGCAUCAAGUCCUCAUGAUUAUUGGACUGGAUAUUAUACAAGUCGGGCAAACUUUAAGAGUCUUGUUAAAUACUCCUCUGAAAAAUUUAAUUCUUACUCAACUCUAUUUGCUGAAGAUUCUUUGAUCGAUCAUUCUGAGGAAGAAGAAAUUCAGCUAAUGGAUACUUAUACUGAGUUUUACCACAAGAUGGGUCUCGUCCAACAUCAUGACGCAGUAGCAGGAACUGCAAAGAAAAGAGUUAUGGAUGAUUACUCUGAUCAGCUUUAUUAUUCAGUUAAAGGAGCCACAGGUCAGAUCUUCAAAACUUUUGGAAAUCUGCAUGACUUAGAUCCUCGUGACUUCAGCAUGUGAAUUGAAAGGAACUCGUCUCUUCCUGAUUGCCCUACUAAUUACUUUGAUAAAUAUGAUACAUUAGAUUUGUAUAUCACAAGUCCCGUUAGAGACAUGACUAUGAUGCCAAGGAUUCCCUUACCAGAUGGAAAUUUCACAUUUGAGUGGGAUGGAGGCCAACCUGAUAUCACUUGUGAUGGCCCAAUGACAACUUAUGCAUUUUUGCCUGUUGAUAUUAAAAGAGGAGAAACUAUCCAGAUUAGGAUUCAUAGAGACACUAUUUCUCAUUGUGUUGAUCUCCUUGAUCCCUAUACUCCCAUUGAAAUGGAGCAUAUUAGUGUAUCAUACCUUGGAGAAAAUGAAGCUGGAGAGAGUCAGUUUAGCUAUCAUAACAAAGACACAGGAGUGUCUGAAAAGAUAUCCACUUCUUUAAUGGCUUAUGAUUCUUUCCAGAAUACUUCUGAACAUGUUUCUGGUGCUUAUAUCUUCAGACCAGAACAUGAAGAUGGGCAAGCUUACUCAUUCAGAAAUGAAAUCACUAAGAGGGAGCUUUUCUGUGGCAAAAAUGUAUGUAUCCUCUUAAUGUUUGGAGAUACAGUUAUCAAUAACAUCAUUUUUAAUAACUUCAAUGAUUUUAUCAGAUUGGAAACAGUCUUUAUGGGUAUCCCUUACAGCGAGCAAGGAAAAGAAGUUGUCAUGAGGAUCCGUGCAGAAAGUAUUCAAAAUGAUGGCGUGUUUUACACAGAUUCUAUGGGUCUUGAGCUCCAGAAAAGAGUCGUUAAUGAAAGACCAUACUGGAACCUUGAUGUAAACGAACCUGUUGCAGGAAAUUAUUACCCAGUCAAUAACUUAAUUAGGAUUACAGACAAUAAUACUGCUCUUGAGGUGAUCAAUGACAGACCACAAGGAGGUACUAGUCUAAAAGAUGGAGAAAUUGAGCUAAUGGUGCAGAGAAGGCUUUAUGUUGAUGAUGAAAAAGGAGUUAAUGAGCCUCUUAAUGAAUCUGAUGAUGGAACUCCUGAAGGUCCCGGUGCUAAAGUGAAAUUAUAUACCUACUUUAGAAUAACCACUCCAAACCCUCCUGAGCCAAUUAGUAUUGCAAAAGUUGAUCUUGAAAGCCCAGCUGUUGAGAUAUUUGAUUUUUCACCUUCUGAAGAACCUCCUAGAAGAUUUUCUAGCACAAAGUGAUCAUAUCCAAGAGAGCUAAAAAUUCUGUCAUUCCCUGAAGGAAAUGGCACUGUCUUUUUCAGAAUUGAAAAUAUUUUGGAAAAGAAGAUCAGAGAUGAGACUUUCAGAGUUGAUGCUACAAAAAUUGCUCAAGAGCUCUCUAACCUUGAGAUAGACUCACUUGUAGAGACCUCUCUUACAGGAGUUUUCACAAUUGAUGAACUCCAAUCAAGACUAAAGUGGGAAGGAGAAGACUUUACUUCUCCAAGAACUGAUUAUUCUUCUGACUUGAGUAACAUCACUCUUGAGCCACAAAGAAUAAGAUCUUUCAGGGUAAAGUUUAAGAAACCCUCAGUGGUUAGCUUCAGCUCCUAAAUCUCCCCUAAAAAGUUCCAAAA